UGCUGUGAAAUAUUUGACAAAACGAAGUAGUCGGCUGAGGGAAACGAAAAAAGUGGAAUUUCUGUUUUUGACAAAUAAUUUGCACAUUUAACUAUAAAUCAUGUCGAUGUCACUCAUCUUGCGUGGUGCUACAAGAUGCAAUGCUGUAAACUUGGCCAAAUCGGCGCGCCUCACGCCCGUGAAGGCUUACUCCACAAUUUUUGCCGGUGCGCAACGUCAAGCUUUGGCAAAGCCUCUACCUCUAGUCAAAAAUAUUGCGCCCAUUGUUACGCGCAACAUUUCGGUGAGCGCGCCAAGGAUGGCCUCGGCUGAGUCCAGUCACACUGCCCUGUGGACAGUGGAGCGUAUUGUGUCCGCAGCGCUCCUGGGCGUUAUACCCGCUGCAUUCAUUGCCCCCUCUCAGGCUCUAGAUGCUCUUUUGGCUGUUUCAGUAGUCAUCCAUGCUCACUGGGGAGUUGAAGCUAUGGUAGUCGACUACCUGCGUCCAUCUGUUGUUGGCAACAUCCUCCCAAAGGUCGCACACGUCGGAUUGAUUUUGAUAUCCAUUGCCACACUUGGAGGUCUAUUCUACUUCAUUAAGAACGACGUGGGUCUGGCCAAUGGCAUUAAACGGUUCUGGGCAAUCAAGGGCAAGGACAGUCAGGAAGCUUAAGUGGGUCUCAGGCUUCAAAAGUUCCGCAAAUAUGACGCUCUACUUAUUUGUUAGCCAUAAUACAGUAAAUAAAUUGUAAAUUCUUCGGUCAGGUAAA